AUGACAGUAUUACAUCAUGUGGCCGUUCUGGAGUCCAGAUGUCCCAAAUCAACACAUUGGCAGGGCCAUGCUCCCCCUAAAGCCUAUAAUGAAAAUCCCUCCUUGUUCCUUCCAGCUUCUGGUGGUUCUAAGCAUUCCUUACCUUGUGGCAGCGUAACUCAUAUUUCUGCCUCCACAUGCCUUUCUUUCUGUAUCUUCAUCUCAUGUGUCUUCUCUUACAAGGACACUUGCUAA